AUUUUAUGGUGGCUGAGCUUUUUGGGAAUCAGCUAGGCCUGGCGAAGGGCAUACUCCAAUAGCACGGGAAAACGGUUGCAUCACGUUGGAGUAAUUGCAGGCAUUUGGCCAGCGCCUGCUUCAAAAUAUUUUGACGUAGUUAUGAAUGACCACCCAGCUAGCUGAGAUUCAUCAUCAACCGUAGAGCCUGAUAAAUAUAAACCGUGUUGCUUGAAAAUGGCCAGCGCAGAUCGUGGAGCUGUUCCAACACAGCGCUUGGAUUCUGGUGAUAGCACUGCUAAAGCUAACUCGCGUGGGGGGAGAGGACGCAAGCGAAAUCCGAAAGGGAGAAUGCCGGCUGGUGAUUCCACUGCAGAGAUUGGCCUGGGUGGCCAAAGUCAUUCAACUGGAGUGGAAGCUGCAUGUUCUGGUGGUGCUGGUAGUGGUGCGUCACGUGGUCCGGUUGGAGAUGGUCCGAGGAGAGGACAUGCUCGCGACCACCUGCCCAGUGGCAGAUCUCGCGGUGGACAGAACAAGCAGCAACGAGCAGCAGCACAACCGUACUCUGAGCAGCGUGAAGCAGAAAGAGAUUACGACCAGGCUGGCACAAGUCGAGGCCGAGGAGGAGGCCGGGGCCGUGGUGGGUCCGGCCACAGGGGCAAGCGUGGCGGCGGUGGUGGUGGCGGCCGGGGCGGCGGACACCAUGAUCGUGGGCAAUAUCGUCAGCGAAAUGACCAACAAGAAGAUCAGGGAGCACUCGAGUCGGCUGCUGACGACCGUGUACUGAAUGCCGAUGCGGCUGUGUUCGUGCCUAAUGGUAAGAACUCUUCCAGGCCAUCAGCAGCAGCAGCAAGCACACAAUUUCCAACGAAUGAGCAGGACAGCCGAGAGCAUUAUACACCGGCCGGUGAUGCAACGCCACGGCAUUCAUCAAACGGGGACAGACAUCAAGGAAGAGGUGGCUAUGAAAGAGGUUCGCGUCCCCGGCCGUACAGAGGCAAUGAUAACGGCAGCAGGAGAGGUGCUGCUCCUUCAGACAUUCAUCCACGGAACCACCAACAACAGCAUGACAGACCGCAGCAGCAGCAAGGGGGUCGAAGAAGACGUGAGCUGUCACCGUCAAGCGACCAAUCUUCCUCGUACCACACUAGUGGAGCACGGGACUACCGUGGACAGCAGGAGUCAUUCCAAGAACCACGCGCCAAUCCGGCUGCUGAGUCAUCUUCAUCAAGCUCGACCCAGCAGCAGCAUGCUAAAGCCAAGAAAACAGCAGUGAAAGUGCAGCCCACUGGCAGCGCCCGUGCAGAUGAAAUCAUUGAAGAACUAAUGUCAGACAACUGCGAGUGCAUAGUGUGCUGUGAUGCUGUCAAGCGUAAGGAUAGAGUGUGGAGCUGUACGCAGUGCUUCUGUGUCUUUCAUUUGCGCUGUGUUCAGCGCUGGGGACGAUCGGACGCAGCUCGUGUGGAGCAGCAGCAGCCCGAAAACGAUGGGACAUCCUCCAAGUCUACGUCCGGCUGGGCAUGCCCCAGCUGCCGUGCAGUUCACGAAUUUAUACCAACAAACUACUGGUGUUUCUGUGGGCGUGUGGAUUUGAAUGAGAAGCAACGACGCUAUACAGACUACAGCAUAACGCCUCACAGUUGUGGUGAUAUCUGUGGCAAACGGCGAGCUCAGGAGCACUGCACGCAUCGCUGUAAUCAGCUCUGCCACCCGGGCCCGUGUCCCCCUUGCCCUGCCAUGACGCGCUUGACCUGCGGCUGCGGCCGCACGACGCAGACGGUGCGCUGCAGCCAGGCAUCCAGCGCGCCGACGUGCAGCAGUGUGUGCGACCGUCCACUGGCAUGCGGCCGGCACGCGUGCCGAUUGCAGUGCCACGCCGGCCCGUGUGAUGAGUGCGACCAUCAGCUAGAACAGACGUGUUUCUGUGGCAGAAAGCAACGUCAGUACGCAUGCUCCGAUGCUCCCGUGAGUAGUGAGACCACCGGUGGUGGUAAUGGCAGUUUUUCCUGUGCUGAGCCGUGUCAUAAACCCCUGGCCUGUGGCAAUCACCUGUGUGAAUUGCCGUGCCACUCCGGUCCAUGUACGCUUUGUGAACUGAGUCCCGACAUUGUGAGAACAUGUCACUGUGGGCAGAAAACGCUUGCGGAGCUUGCCGGUGAGGGUGUGUCGGAAGCUCGGCGCGAGUCUUGCCUGGACUCCAUCCCGACCUGUGGACAAGUGUGCAACAAGGCCUUAGUGUGUGGGCCAGUGGACGAGGGCAAUCCCCACCGUUGUCACAUGCAGUGCCACGAUGGACCCUGUCGGCCCUGUCCCAGUAGAUCGGUCCGGAAGUGCCGCUGCGGAAAGUCCACGCAGAAGCUGCCGUGCAAGGAGGUGCUCGCGGGAAAGGAAGUGCUGUGCGACCGCAUGUGCAAUGCCAAACGUUCGUGCGGGCGUCAUCGUUGCAGCCAGCGCUGCUGUACUGACCAGAAUCAUACAUGCAUGUUACCGUGUGGCAAGCGCUUGCAGUGCGGUCAGCAUAAGUGCGAGGAACUUUGCCAUCGUGGACACUGUGAUCGCUGCUGGCAAACGAUAUUCGAUGAGCUGCGAUGUCACUGUGGUGCUCAGGUGCUCUACCCGCCGCAGCCGUGUGGCACGCGUCCGCCGUACUGUAAUCGCAUCUGUUCACGUGUGCAUGCGUGCAAUCACGAACCGCAGCACUUGUGUCACAAUGAGGAUCAGUGUCCAGUGUGCCCCGAGCUGGUCACCAAGCUGUGUAUGGGUGGCCAUGAGGAGCGCAACGCCGUACCGUGUCACCUGGACGAUGUGUCCUGCGGUAAGCACUGCCGGAGGCCCAUGGCGUGCGGCGAGCAUGUCUGCGAUCGCAUGUGCCAUCGCGGCGAGUGCCUGGCAUCGGAUGCCGUGUGCGCGCAGGCGUGCACACAGCCGCGGCCGGACUGUGGCCAUGCGUGCGCCAACCCCUGCCAUCCCGGCACGCCAUGCCCGGAGACUGCCUGCUACACCGAUGUGACACUGCGCUGUCCGUGCGGGCGCCGAUCUGUGCAAGUGUCCUGCGCCAAGGCGACGGGCAAGUCCUUUGUGCUGAACAGUUUGAGAACAAGCGACUUGGCACGGCAGCUCACAUCCGUGCAGACUGGCGGAUCAUCCAGCUUCAGCAGCAAGUUUGAGGUAACCUGUGAUACCAUCUGCCUGAACGAGCUGCGUAUCCGCCAGAUGGCUGAAGCGCUGCAAUUGAAUACAACACCAGCUAAAUCUGCUUUGUCCCAGUUCCUCAUUGACCGGAUUAAGAGUGAACCCAGCAUUGUGUUGUCUAUCGAUGCACAGAUCAACGAGCUAGUGUCAGCGGUGCUGAGAAUGCCUCCAGAUAGUCAUAAAACGCUCACACUGCCGAUCAUGAGCAACGAUCAUCGGCACAUAGCUCACGAAAUCGCCGAGAUGUACCUCUGCGAGAGCCAGAGUUUUGACUCGGAACCCAAGCGCAGUGUACGCGUCACUGCCUUCAGCCAUUCGUAUCGACCGUCUGUGCCUCUGACUGACCUCAUCAAGCAUUACCAAGCCCAGGUGAAGUCUACUGCUGCUGCUGCCAAGCAGCCUAGCACCCAGGCAGCCACUGCCUCGGGCAUGACAAAGCUUACCCCGAUGCGCAAUGAGAAAAUUCCGGACUAUUUCUCCGACCCGUGAUCUAACAUUCUGCGUACCUGACAGCAAAACAUUGAAAUCUGACUGAUGCCAUUUUAUUGCAUGGCCAUUGUUUCUCCUACCCUUUAGGCAACCGUGCUGCGUGUGAAAUCAUAUUUCGAAUAAUUCUCGGCAUACUCCGCCCUAUUUUCUUUUUACCAAUGCUUCUUUACACCAUUUAGAGUUGAUGUUCGCCCUUUUAGCAGUCUUCUGGUGGUUUCUAUCUUAAACAGGAUGGCGGCUGUGUUGUGUUUUCGCUUAGAAUUGUUUUCUUGUGUCAUCAGCAGACUGUGCUGCUAUAUAUUUUUAAACCUUCUAUACCCAGCUGCAUGAGUAUUGCAGUAUUUUUUAGACAGCUCAGAUCAGUGUGUGUGUGUGUUUGUGUGCGGAUUGGGUAGUUAGUUUCCUGGUGCACGUCUUGAUCUGCACCUUUCAGAUCAUGUCUGCAAACAUUGUUGUAAGAGAAAAUCAGUGGGUGUGCAUCUCAACCCUUCACUUGCA